AUGGAUAACACAGAUUUAAAAAUUUUAAUUGAUGAUUUAGUACUUAAUCAAAAUUUUCUUAAUUAUUAUGAAUUAAAAUCAUAUCUCCAAAAACAUAAUAAUUAUAUAACGGGUGAUGAUAUGGAAUAUUAUUAUCCAUAUUAUAAAAAUGAAAUUUUGAAAUAUCAUGAUAAAAUAAUUUCUAAAAUUAAAGACAAAAUUAAAAAUAAUGAAUAUACAAAGGAAAAAACUAAAUCACAACUUAAACAAUUGAAAGAUUUCAAAAAUAAAGUAUUAACAGAAGAAGAUAUUGAUGAAUUAUAUAAUUUAUAUAAUCCUGAGCCACAAAAACCAAAGCCGAGGUCUAAAGUAGCAAAUGUUCAACAGCUAAAGGUGCAAAACGCCCAGGUCCUUCAGACCAUAAAUGAUGCACAAGCUUUAAUUUAUGAUUCAUUAGUUAAACCAUAUUCAGCCCGACUUUUAAAUGAAGAUCAACUUUUGGAAUUCAUCCUUCAACAUAAACUCGAAGCGGGAAAGUAUAUCAAACCUUUAUAUACAGCAUAUUUAAAACAAAUGAAUAGAAUACAUCCAGAAUUAAUGAAGGGGGAAUGA